AGAGAGGUCUCAGUAGCAGCAGCGGGUUUCCUUUUAGCGUUGACUGGUUAUUCGGCUCCAGCCGGACAGUGAAAUAUAAUUUAUACACAUUGCAUGGUCAACCAGUAGCACUCACGACGACGGUGUGGAAGUUACGUGCGGAGUUUGGCGAAACUUUCGACUUCAGUCUAUUGUGGACGUUUCGUGAGUACUGUUGUGAUUCGGCUGAGCGGCUUAGGAUCAGCUUUUAGAGCCUUUUGUGUGAACAAGCGGAAUAUUUUCCUCAAUUUUCCAUCGAUUUAUUUUGUCUCUGAGCAAAGGCUAGAAUCUGUACAACUGGAUCUUUUUUACGACUUGUGCACUGUAAUUUUGUACGUCACCCGAAGUUCCUGCUAGCAGUGGAUUGUGAUUUUUUCCAGAGAGCUUAAAAAAAUCUUCCAAUCCUGUGUCGAAUGUGGACCACUAUGCGAAUGGGUUUCCAUUUUAUAUAAUUGUUUACCUAACUCAUUUGGAUAAAAUUAUUGAAUGUUUUGGAAAGGUGCUGUUAUUUAAUAUUGUUAACUUUUGUGAAUAAAGUGUGAUUUACUGCUAAUCAGCGACGAUCAAAGGAUUUGUUCCAACAGGAAGAAAGAAUCAAAACAAAAAUAUUCUCACGUCAAACGAAAGUAAAAGUGGAAACUGAGCGCUGUCAAAAGUGUAGUACUAGAGUGCGGUCGCACAUGUGUAGUACUGAUUUGUUGUUGCAAAUCGGAGUGGCAUUCGCGAACGAGUGAGAUCUUUCCUAUCUGAGUGCGAGACGUCAAAAGGAAGAAGUAGUGGAACAGACAGCUGCUGCUCUCGUGAGGAUUUUCGUAAUCACUAGAAGGAAAGGAAAAUUUUACCGUAUUCACCUAGGACAUAGGGGUGAAAGUGAUUUUUGUAGCAUCAAUUCCAGUUUGCAAAAUCAGCCUGCACCAGGCAACCAUCGAAGCAUCUAAGCAGAAGCAGCAGCAGUUUCUCCUGCAGGGACACCACGAACAGCGCGACCACCGCCCGUCUUCUCUGCCACAAGUAGGUGCGGUCUGGAGGUGCGGCGGCGGUACCAUAUACCAUACCAUACCAUACCAUACCAUCCAUACCGAUUCGCGAGCCCGACUGCACGCGCGCUGUGGCGUCUUCUUCUUCAGUAUCACUUGAGCAGUGCUGCAGUGAAGAAGUGCUACUCGGUGUUGCUUGAGAGCACGCGUGUGUAUAGUGUAGUGUCCCUCCAUCAUCCCACUAUCAAGUGGUUCCCGUAGUGAUAGCACAGAAUUAAAAAGUGGUGCGUUCCGAAUUGUCCUCGACGCAUAGAAGAUCCAACAGCGUAGUGCUUCGAGCUGAAGAAACAUGAGGGUCGGUCGGUUAUUUCGAGCGCACGGUGAAUUUUGUGCAUCGCACCCAUGGGAAGUGAUAGUGGCCCUGGUGACUCUAACGGCAUGCAUUAUAACUUUCGACAAAGGCAGCGUGGAUCCGUUCCAGCAGAGCUCGCGGUCAGGUUCCGGGAGACCUUGUCCAAGCUGGCGGUUCAGCUCGGUCAGUGCCGAUGAUGCUUUCCGGUGUGAAGAUGUGGAGCAGAAUGGCAUCGAUGUGAUACUGAUGACUAUCGUACGAUGUUCGGCAAUUCUCUAUUGCUAUUACCAUUUCUGUAAUCUACAGAAGCUUGGUUCCAAGUACAUUUUGGGUAUUGCCGGACUUUUUACUGUGUUCUCCAGCUUCAUCUUUACGUCGACUGUGAUCAACUUCCUUGGCAGUGAAGUUUCCGAUCUCAAGGAUGCCCUGUUCUUCUUUCUGUUGCUGAUCGAUCUCUCCAAGGCCGCCAUUCUAGCCCAGUUGGCCCUGUGCGGCUCCAGCCAAUCGGAAGUAACGAUGAACAUUGCCCGUGGUAUGGAAAUUCUGGGUCCAGCCAUCUCGCUGGAUACCCUCGUGGAAACUUUGGUCAUCGGAGUGGGUACACUAUCUGGCGUCCAGCGGCUAGAAUUGCUGAGUGGAUUUGCCGUCCUAUCGGCGAUCGUAAACUACAUCGUAUUCAUGACCUUUUAUCCGGCGUGUUUGUCGCUGAUUUUGGACCUGUCGCGAAAUGCCGGCAACCUGAUCCAGAAGAACAAGAAGGAAAACCUAUUGGUGCGGGUACUGACCGAAGAGGAUCAGAAACCGAACCCGGUGGUGCAACGUGUAAAGCUCAUCAUGUCCAGCGGGCUGAUGAUCGUGCACGUCCUCAGUCGGCUGGCGAUUUCGGAAAGGGACUCCGAUACGGCCGAGCAGAUCAUUGCGUCGCACUCGCACGAACAUUUGGCAGCGAUGAACAAGACCGAACCGAACGAGAUCUCCGAGUUUAUUAUGAGGUGGCUCGCGAUCAGCACCGAGCAGAUCGUGACGUACAUCCUGAUCAUAGCACUGGGCGUGAAGUUUGUCUUCUUCGACCGUCACAAUCUGUCCGAUCAGAUUCUGCUAUCGGUAGCGAACGAAGCGGCGGCGGCGGCCGCUGCUGCAGCUGCCGCAGCUCAGAAGCAGAAACAGCUUGCGCUGAGUCAUCCGAGCGAACGGCCAGAACCAGUGGCAACAUUCACUCUGGCGGAAACGGUCCCGGUUGAGGAAAAGGCUACCCAGAGCGAUCUGUGUCUGCUACCUGGGAGAAACCAACGGACCAAGAGCUUGGCGGCAGACGAUGAGCUGAACUUUGUUGAUUUAGAAGAAGAGCUGGUAGAGCGAGAACCUAGGCCAUUGGAGAUUUGCUUGAAGAUUUUGAACGAAAGCGAAGACUCAGCGGCAAAUUUGACUGAUGAGGAAAUUAAGAUGAUCGUCAGGGCUGGCAAUGGAUACUGUCCACUGUAUAAAAUUGAGACUGUUAUUGGGGAUGCAGAGCGGGGCGUUAAAAUUCGACGAGAUAUGCUACAGAAAGAAGCCAACCUGCCCGUCAACGCCUUCAAGCAUUUGUCGUACAAGAACUACGACUAUUCAAAAGUGAUGAACGCAUGCUGUGAAAAUGUAAUUGGCUAUGUACAGAUUCCUAUCGGAUAUGCAGGACCUUUGAUACUGGAUGGUGUCCGAUACUACAUACCUAUGGCAACUACAGAGGGAGCACUGGUUGCAAGUACCAAUCGCGGUUGCAAAGCCAUUUCAACCCGAGGUGUUACCAGCUUCGUAGAAGAUAUCGGUAUGACAAGAGCACCCUGCAUAAAAUUUCCGAAUGUCCUACGUGCAGCUCAGGCCAAGCGAUGGAUGGAAACCCCUGAAAACUUCGCAGUUAUCAAAAAGGCCUUUGACUCAACUAGCAGAUUUGCUCGCCUGCAAGAGCUUCACAUCGCGAUGGACGGGCCCGUACUGUAUGCACGAUUCCGCGCUCUAACCGGCGAUGCUAUGGGUAUGAACAUGGUAUCCAAAGGCUCCGAAAUGGCUCUCCGGGAGGUUCACCGAUCUUUCCCCGAAAUGCAAAUCAUCUCGCUCAGUGGAAACUUCUGUGCCGAUAAGAAACCUGCUGCCAUCAAUUGGAUCAAGGGACGCGGCAAGCGAGUUAUCUGCGAAACCAUCGUUCCAGCCGAUAAAGUAAGAUCUAUUCUAAAAACCAACGCCCGCACUCUGGUACAAUGUAACAAACUGAAAAACAUGACCGGAUCGGCUGUAGCCGGAAGCAUCGGAGGAAACAAUGCCCAUGCUGCCAACAUGGUUACGGCAAUCUACAUUGCCACCGGUCAGGAUCCAGCCCAGAAUGUCACCAGUAGCAAUUGCUCAACUAAUAUGGAACCACACGGCGACAGUGGUGAAGAUCUGUACAUGACCUGUACGAUGCCAUCGCUUGAAGUGGGAACCGUCGGUGGAGGUACCGGUCUGCCGGGUCAAGGAGCCUGUCUGGAUAUGCUCGGCGUACGGGGUGCCCAUCCGACACAUCCGGCCGAGAAUUCCAAACAAUUGGCCCGCCUCAUCUGUGCCACUGUCAUGGCCGGAGAACUAAGUCUAAUGGCCGCCCUGGUGAACAGUGAUCUAGUCAGAAGCCACAUGCGGCAUAAUAGAUCAUCGGUAGCCGUGAACCCUGCAGUUCCACCUCCCCUUCAGCAGCAGUCUGCUCCCAGUUUACUCAUCCCCACCAACAGCACUACCAGCAGCAGCAGUAUAAGCACAACAUUGUCGGCGAUACAAUAACGGUUACUACUUAUAAGAACUACCUCAAGGAUGCGUGAAAGGAAAGGGGCAGAUACUAGUGUUUAGUACGGUCAGCGACGAGGGUAGUAGUAGUAGAAAGCAGUGCGUCAACACAGCAGCGUUGAUUUUUUAGUCUGUAGAAAAGAAAACAGAUGGUCUAAGAUGUUAAUUACGAAACAGUAAAAAUGUGUCACAAAAUUGAAAAACUUUUUCUUUAUUAGAAAUUAAAUUAUUAAUUGUAAUAUGAUAGAUUUUACUCCUGUACGCAUAACUGAACAAAAGAAGAUCGUAGCGCAGGCUUACGGGUGUUGAAAAUACUUUCGCCGAACUUAAAUGAUGAAGUAGCUAAGCAACAAAGUGAAACGUAAAAGUAAAGCUAGACUCAUUUCCGAACAAAUAAAACAAUCGCUCUUGUACAUACAAUAGACUAUUUAGGAACGAAAUUCACAGGUUUUACUCCAUUGCUUUGAAGAACUUUGUAAGGGAAGCAAUCCAAUGAAAACUAGGCGAAAUAAGGAGCUUGAUUAUUAACUGUCGUGACACAAAGCUCAUUCCGAUUCGUGGAUUGAGCGCAAAAACCAUGCGUCGUGUAUACUAAUUAGUACUUUAUAAGCUGGACUUGCGACAGACAGAGGAAGGUAUUGACGAAAAAUAUCAUAUUUGUUAGGGAUUUCCAACACUAAACGAGACUACUUAUACGGAUUAACUACUAUUUAUAAACUCUUAAACGAAGUGAAUAUUUUGGUGCUAAAUGCAAGAAGUUGAUAAAUAAAUAUGGAAAAUCCUUGCAAAGAA